CUCCAGUUUUUACCCAGUAGCCAGUGUCAGAUGAUAAUCAUAUUUCCCUCAUGAUUAGAGUUCCUAUUACUCGUCAUUAAGAGCAACAUCACCUACAUGAUUCCCAUAGACGAUACGGCUUGAUGCGUACGUCUCUUUAUGUCUUUGUUGACUAAUCGUCGUGAAACGGUCCUAAAAAGGGCCUCCAUUACCGCUUUGAAUGGUGCGAACAUGGUGAAAUCAGAAGAGGACGAGCUACCAUCGACAGUUACAAACGUUUCGCGCGAAGAUAUUAGAAAAUACGCGCAAUGCAAACGAGUAGGCAACUAUUUACUGGGCCGAACAGUCGGAGAAGGAUCGUUCGCAAAGGUCAAGGAAGCUUUUCACGUUUUAACAGGCGAGAAGGUCGCCAUCAAGAUGAUUGACAAAAAUCGCGCGCGGAAGGACAGAUAUGUCUCGAAGAACAUGCGACGAGAAGCGAGACUACUACAAAUGAUUCGCCAUCCACAUAUCGUACAACUGUUAGAGAUCGUCGAGACAGGACAAUGCUACUAUCUCGUGUUCGAGUUUGCAGACGGAGGGGAUCUCAUGGACUAUAUCGUAAAACGGAGAAAACUCGACGAAGAAGAAGUGAGAAAAUUCACAAGACAAAUAAUAUCGGCGAUUGAGUACUUGCAUCGUAUUGGUAUUAUUCAUAGAGACUUGAAGGUGGAAAAUCUUCUUUUGGAUGCCGACAAGAAUAUAAAAAUAAUCGAUUUCGGUCUGAGCAACACAAUUUAUUCACAAGAUCCGCAUACCGAGAACCAUUGCAGCACACAAUGUGGCUCACCAGCCUACGCCGCACCCGAACUUCUUGUACGCAAAGAUUAUGGACCGCAGAUUGACGUUUGGAGCAUUGGCGUGAAUCUUUACGCUAUGCUCACAGGACGUUUACCAUACACAAUAGAACCAUUCAACAUUACGACACUGUACAGCAAGAUGCUGAAAAGACAGAUGAAUCCAGUUCCCAAAUACCUAUCGGAAGCUUGUAAAGAUAUGAUUCAUGGAUUGCUUAAUCCGGAUCCCAAAGAGCGUCUGAACAUCUUGGGAGCAGCGAGACACCCAUGGAUAACAACGGACGAUCCUAUUUUACUCGCGCCAUGCCCCAACUAUCUUUGCGAAGAAGACUUGGAUGACCGCAUUUUGGAUCACGUAGAGGAACAGUUGCAAUUGAAUGUAGAUGACGUAAUACGUGACGUCAUUCAAAACAAGGCGACGAAAAAUUCAUGUGUAUACCAUCUGUUGGUACGUCGUUUACAGCGUUACGAGAAAGAAAAGCGAAAGCUGAUCUGUCCCAAGUCGGCGGUAAAAGCAACAACAGAGUCAGAGGUAACAUCGCACUUGGAAUAUAAGUCGCCUAAAAACGACGUUCAUGAAAAUCAAAAGAAGGAAUCAGUGAAGCAAUCUUCGCCAAAAACAGGAAUAAUGGAGAAUCCCUUUAAGUGUUUUAAAACGGCAAUGAUUGGAAAAAAGAAAGCGUUGAAAAACAACGAAAAAUCUCAAGGUACAAACAAUGCGCAGACAUCAGCGUCGGUUCCGUCUACGAACCCAAACAUCGACAUCAAGAACAAAUUAUGCACGGUAAAGCGAGUGGCGCUCGUGAAAGUCUCGCCAGCACGUCGUUGCAGCAGAUACUUGGCGAGCAGUUCACGUUAUUCCAUGAGCAGUCCGCGAACAGGUCGAAGGAAAGGCUUCAUCGAAGGAAAUCAACAACGGCGAAAAUCCUCGAAAGUUCGACGAAGACGUGCGCAACAUGACGAUUCAACCUCGAGUGCUGCGAGCACUCCAAGAAGGACCAGCAUGGAGAUUUCGAGAAAUUUGGUCAUUCCAUCAAGUACUUGCCAUAAAGUUCGAGACAAACAGGAUUUAAAAAAUUUUAGCGAUUCAAAAAGGGUAUUAAAUAAUGAAGAAACAAAAAGGCAAUCGAGAAAAACCGAAAACAAAGAAAUAUUGGUACAGAUGCCAGAGAAAAUGGCACACAUAGGAAAUGGUGAUAACUCCAAAGGAACCAUAACGCAUCUCUAUACGGAGAAGGGAGUCGUAUUGAAACGAGGCACAACCGUUUCUCCCGGUAUGCUUAAACGAGAGCAAGCCGGUCGACAACAUCACAUAUUUCAAGAUGAAGGAGCGCUAAGAAUAAAUGCAGACGCUAAAAAAGAUCACGUCGUGUUUGAUGGGGAACAAAGUCAGCCGGAAAAUCUGGGAAGUAAGGAUAAGAAAACGCUAACUGAAGGAAUCAAGGAAAGCAAAGGAAAUCUGAGUCACUCAACCACGUGUUCAUCGCAAAGACUGAUAGCGCAUACUCCUGACACAACUCAAAAUUAUGCCAUUGAAGACAGACAACCCUCCAGUAUGAAGAACAUUCCAACAAAAAUUCCAUUGGCAUCAAAAAGAUGCUCCCCAAUUUCGCAACAGUCCCCUUUACCGACAAUGCAGUUCGUGCCCAGGACUCUAAAAAGUCAGUCCGGUAGCACGAAGACGCAAUCCAAAAAUGAAAUGGGGGGAACAGGAAACAGUAAGGACAAGUGCGUUUCGGUUGUAGUCGUAAACCGCUCGGAAAUUGGUGGUAUAGGCGCAAAAUAUAUAACUAAUACAACAGCAAAACAGAAGUUUACGAGGGAAAAGAACUUACUCGGGGAAAAAAACUUCACCGAAAACAAGAAUUUUACGGGAGAAAAAAACUUUAUCGAGGAAAAGAACUUUACUGGAAACAAAAACUUUACGGGAGAAAAGAACUUUAUUGGGGUAAAAAACUUUUCAGGAAACCAGAACUUAACGGGAGAAAAAAACUUUACCGAGAAAAAAAACUCUAUUGGAAACAAGAACUUCACGGGAGAGAAACACUACUUUACUGGGGAAAAGAGCUUCUCUAGAGACAAGAACUUUACGGCAGAUAAGACCUUUACCGGGGAAAAGAGGUUUGUUGGAAACAUGAAUAUAACAAGAGAAAAUAAUUUUAUGGCGGAAAAGAACUUGAUUGAAGAAAAGAAAGUUAUCGGGAAAAAGAACCUUGCCGAGGAAAAGAACAUUACCGAAAAAAGGAACUUUACCGAAGAAAAGGCAUUAAAAAAUGACAAACAAUAUUCCCCAAUACCUUCCCUUAAGUCAACUACCAAAGAUACGACGCUCACUAAUAGUAAUAAAUUGUUCAAAGCGAAGGUUUCGGACACCCUGAAAUUGAAAACUGCCGAAAAUAAUCCUGUCGUGAAUUCAAAUGUACAAAAAAGCAGCAGUGGAUGUUUGGAUGAACUCAUCGAUACAAAAAAUGUGGCAAAAGGGAAAUUGCCAGGUCAUAUUAAGUUCACAACAGAUCUCCAAAACCCUGGGAACGACAGAAAAAAGGCGGAAGCUAGAACGAAAGACGAACAGAAAGAAGGAAAAGCAAGCUCAAUGGAUGUAAACUCUCUCAACAAUCGAAAUGUGAACAAUUCAACGGACAUGAGUACCUCGCCGUUAGGACGCUCGACUUUGAAAUCACGUCACCUUGCUGAUACGCCAAAAUCGUGGACGAGCGAUGAAAGAAGGAAAAUUUCCAAUUACAAAAAGACUGAAAACGAAAAAAAGGAGUCCGCAAGGCAUACGGUAAAGUACGAAAUGAAUUCCUUUGCAGCUAACACGAAAAACCGAACAUUUAGGACCAACUGAAGAAUAAUGCUACGCCAAAUGGUGGAGCUAUGAUUGUGUCAAUCAUGUGCUUUUCUGUAUGAAUGCAAAUGUCGACAAAGCGGUCGAUAAUGCUCAAUUUUUUAGCCAAACCUAACAUUGGAAAUUUAAAAUCAUGUAGAAUUGUAUGAAGCCAGAUUUUACUACAUUGACAUUCUUGUCUAGAUUCAUACUUUAGCGUGCGCUCACAUAUUCUGGUAACGAGCGAAAAGACUGGAAAUAAUGACAUCUUCUGCAUUACUGAUACAUUUUCAUUAAACCUUAUUCAUUAUACAUUAA